GUAGAAACCAAAAUAUUUUGCAUGCUUUUUCUGCGGUGUCGAUGUUUCAUGCAGUUUAGUUCUUGUACACGAUUUAUUUCUUUACGCUUAUAUAGGAUAAAUAACUGUGGGAAAAAUUCCAUCUCUCAACUUUUAAGUGCUAUGGCAACAAAUGACACUGCACCAAAGGCAUCAGGUGUUAGGGCCUAUUCGGCAAAGUUUGAGAAAGAAGAGGAGAUUGCAAGAGGAAAAUGGUUAUCAUUAAAUAAUAUUACAUACAGAGAUCCAGCUGGUAAAGAAAGGCUCUGGGAGAGUGUCAAAAGAACAACUCGCCAUUCAGGAUCUGCAGAUGCUGUUGGUGUGAUAGCAAUCUUGAAGCGGAUGUUGAAGUUUGAUUGCAUCGUUUUGGUAGUUCAGUACCGCCCUCCCAUGCAAUGCUGCACUGUGGAAUUCCCAGCAGGACUGGUAGAUGAGGGAGAGUCCCCUGAAGUAGCAGCACUGAGAGAAUUGUAUGAGGAAACCGGAUACACAGCCUCUGUAAAACAUGUAGCCCCAGCCUCCUGCCUUGAUCCAGGUAUAGGGAAUACAACAGUUCAGCUUGUGACUGUAGAGAUUGAUGGCAAUGACGAGAAAAAUGUCAAUCCAAAACAGAAAACAGGUUAGCUCCUUCUUGUUGUCUCUAUUAUUUAAUACCUGUCUAAACAUAAAAUCUCUCUCUUUCAUUUUUAUGUGCAGAUCAAUCAAGCAAUUUUCACUUUCUCCCUCUUAAACAAAAUCAUUCUUUUAAAAUAAAUGAUAAAAAUUCUAUGU